AUGUCUUCCAGAGUCCAAAUCUUCAGAAGAACAUUCAGCCUGAGUGUUUCUGCCAAAUCCUCCUACACUGGCACAGCUAGAAAGACUGUGGCCGAUAUCAACAGGUUCUAUGCUAGCUCCAAGCCAAUUACCGUCGUAACAGCACACGACUUCAUAACCGCCAAGAUGGUUGAUCAUGCCGGUAUCGACAUUUGUUUGAUAGGAGACUCUCUUGCCAAUACUACGUUGGGGCUUGAUGACACUAACGAGUUGGAGUUUCAAGAGAUGCUUUAUCACGUGAAGUCAGUCCAAAGAGGUAAUGAUUCGUCUUUGAUCGUGGCCGAUUUACCAUUUGGCUCGUACGAGAAGUCCUCGGAACAAGCCUUGGAUACGGCCAUGACUAUUAUCAAGCACGGUAAGAUUCAAGGUGUCAAGGUCGAAGGAGGAGAUGAAUUCAUCUUGCCAACGGUAAACCGGUUGACCACGGUCGGAAUUCCUGUAAUGGGCCAUGUUGGACUUACUCCCCAAAAACACAACGCUCUUGGAGGCUACAGGCUUCAGGGGAACUCUGUUGAAAAUGCUGUCAGUAUAUACAAGCAGUGUCUUGACCUCCAACGAGCUGGUGUUUUUUCCAUUGUGCUAGAGUGUAUUCCCAACAAAUUGGCUCAGUACAUCACUGAAAACUUGAGCGUUCCGACCAUUGGUAUUGGUGCCGGUCCAUUUACUUCCGGGCAAGUUCUCGUGAUCUCUGACAUUCUCGGAAUGAAGAGUAAUAAAGAGAACCACAAGCCCAAGUUUGUCCGUGCCUACGAGGACUUUUAUACCAAAGGAGUUGAGGCGUUGACCAGCUACGGUGAACAUGUAGAGAACGCUCAAUUUCCUGACGUAGAUGAGCACGGUUACAAGAUCAAGAGAGAUGUAUUUGAAGAGUUCAAGAAACAGGCCCACCACAUCCAUUAG